CUGAAAUAAUAUGCCGUAGCGGUUUUUGCUUUGUUUUAACGCGAUCUAUGUUAUGGUCAUAUUCUGUUGCGUACUUGCGUCAUUGUAACAUUAUUAACAGUUUUAUAUUGAGUGUUGCAUUUUUUUUUUCGCCCGUCAUUGUUUUUUGUUAAAAUAUCGACAUCGUCAUUUUUAAAAUGUGUUCAAUUAAUGAAAAUGAAAAAUUAAUAAGUGCUAUGAGCGAUGAAAACUGUGGACUAUUUGAGUUUACCAAUGAAGGUAAUUCUGUGGAAGUUGGAUUCUUAUACUGGAUUCAGACUACACCAUGCACAGAGGAUAAAAUUAAUAAUCAAGAUUUAAUCAGUGAAAAAACUGAGAUAGUUUUAUUUUGGCCAAGUAAUAUUGAUGUGACAUAUGCUUCAAGUAUGGUUAAAAGAUGUAAAAAAAAAGAUAUGCAAUGGAUAAAAGUUGCAGCUAUACUUUUAGCACAAGGGAAUUGGAUUGAAAUGUGUGAAAAAAGAAAGUAUUAUAUAGCACAUAAUAAAAUAUCUCCAUGUCGCUCUAAACGUCAUGAAAGACAUAUUAUUUUAUCAGAAUCAACUGUCACCGAUAAAAAUAAAAUGGUAAUAAAAUAUUGA